AAGCUUUGUGCAUAUUUGCUGGUAGCAAUGAUGAGAAAAAGUAAUUGGUAGACAAACUUGGUCCCCUUAGUUUCAUGCUGGAAAACUUUUUGUACAAUUGGACCACAAAUCUUUAUUCUUUGUUUUUCUUCCACCUGUUAUAAACCAAGCUUUUUGGUUAUAAACAUCUUCAUAUUUGAAUUUGGCACAAAUCUAAGCCAUCAUAAAUACACAACACUGAAGAGUGCCUCUAAUGGGUAAUAACAAGUUCAGAUUCUCAGAUAUGAUUCCAAAUGCUUGGUUCUAUAAGCUCAAAGAUAUGAGCAAAUCAAGGAAGAGGAAUGGAUCUCAUCAUGUUUUGAAGAACAACACCAGUAGCAAGGUUACUUCACCAACAACAUCACAAAGGUCACAUCCAAGGUGUUCGAAUUAUUUCCCCAAUGAAGCUUUUAUAAGAGCUGGUAAGUUAUACAACAUCCCAAUUCACAAUAAUAAAGAGUUUUUUGGUGGAACCAUUCCAUGUCCAUUGAUUGAUUCUUCACCAAGAAUGUCAUCAUCAAAGAGAAGGUCUAGGAGGAAAACCAUUUACAAGCCUUCUCCAACUGUUGUUUCUUCUUCAACUUUCAUGGCCAAUUCUAAUUUUGAUUCGGCACACAACAACAUUCAGUCACCAAAUUAUGAUGCUUCUUCCGUUGAAAGCUCUUCUGAAUCUGAUGAUGAUUUCCAUGAAUAUGUCUACUCUGAGUCUGAAUGUGAAAGCUUUUCAGUUCCGGAUUUGCUUAAUGGUAUAGACUCCAAUUGCAGCUGCAGGGUUAGUUCUUCAACAAAUGACAUCAUAAUUGACAUGAACAGUGAACAUUUCAAGGGGAAUAUGAGCAAGAAAGAUGGGGUUGAGAUGAUUUCGCAAUCAGGCCUUGCUCCUAUAUUGACAAAGUCAGAGAGGUUUGAUGACAAGGUGAGUGUUUCUUCCAAUGGAAGUAAGAGUUCAAGGAAUGCAGGGUUUCCGGAUGGAUAUGCUGUGGUUAAGUCCUCAUUUGAUCCGCAAAGUGACUUUAGGGAGUCAAUGUUAGAGAUGAUUGUCGAGAACAAUAUCCGUGCGUCAAAGGAUCUAGAGGACUUGCUUGCCUGCUACCUCUCCCUAAAUUCAAGUGAAUUCCAUGAUCUCAUUGUUAAAGCAUUUGAGCAGAUAUGGUUUGAUUUGGCUCAACUUAGAAUGUAAAUUUCUCAUAUAUUAAUUAUUAUCCGAUGUAUGUUUAUAUAAUCUUGUAACUACCAUAAUUCUCUCUAAAACUUAUGUUCUGAACCAUCAGCAUUUCAACUUGGGAUAAUUCUCAUACAAAGUAUA